GCACAAUCUGGAAUCUGUCUCACAAAUCCAAACCAAGCACAAACAACAAACAAACAAACAAGCAACUACAAACAUGAAACUCGCCUUUGCCACUUUCCUCCUCACUGCCGCCAAGGCCAAUGCCUUUGCUGUCAGCCCCCCUGGAGGUGCGGGGGCGUCGUCCACUUCCACCAGCCUUCCAGCGACAAUGAAGGCGUUUGUCCUACACGAAGCCGGACCAGCAUCGAAUCUCAAGCUGGAAGACGUUCCAGUGCCCACUGAUAUCGGUGAUGAUGAAGUAUUGAUAGCUACAAAAGCUAUAUCCAUCAAUCCAGUGGACUACAAAUGCCGUCAAAUGGACCCUGUGCUGACCAUGGUCCUAAAAACGGAAGAACGCCCCGUUAUCUUGGGAUGGGACGUGGCCGGCAUCGUAGAAAAGGUCGGAAGCAAGGUGGAUUCUCACAAAAAAGGCGACAAAGUUUUUGGAAUGGUACAGUUUGUAGGCCACGGCAAGGGGUAUGCCGAAUAUGUUGUGGCUCCAGCGUCUCAUGUAGUCACCAUGGCAUCCAACCAAAGUUUCCAAGAAGCAGCGGCAACAACGUUGGCCGCCUUGACGCCACUGCAAGCCAUGGAAUCACGUGUCAAGGCAGGGGACACUGUCUUGAUUCAUGCCGGAUCGGGUGGCACGGGCCACUUUGCUAUCCAAGUUGCCAAGGCAUUGGGCGCUGGAAAGGUAAUCACCACCAGCUCCGCCAAGAACAAAGAUUUUUGCAUGAAAAUGGGCGCUGAUGAGCACAUUGACUAUCGAGCAGUCAAGUUUGAGGAAGUCGCCAAGGACGUGGACUUUGUGCUAGAUGGAAUGGGAGGUGAAACCUUGGAGCGAAGUCUGAAAGUGCUAAAGGAAGGCAGUGGCAAGGUUGUAUCGUUGCCCACCCCGGAUUUCCCAGAGAGUGUGACAAACUAUGCCAAAGAACACGGCUUGACUGUGGAAUUCAUCAUGGUUCAGUCAGGUUCCAAGGACAUGACAACACUACGCGACAUGACCGAAAAGGGACAACUCAAAGCCCAUGUCAGCCAAACCUUGCCCUUUGAAGAAAUGCCCAAAGCACACGAACAGCUGGAGACGGGACGAACUGUUGGCAAGAUUGUCUUGGUAAAGGAAUAGAUACUUUUGGUUGCUAAGUUAGCAGCGGAUUGCUUGACCUUCUAGAAACCAAGGAGUGCAUAGCUAGGUACGGUAGAUGGCGACGUCUGGAAGCAAGCAUGGUUGGCCCUACCGCACAUCAUCGACUAUGAAAUAUACGUGUAUGUGUAAAUCUAAAGUAUACCAGCGACAUGCAUCCGGGUAGCUGGAUAGUUUACGCAUUGUGUACAUGCCGUUCCGAUCUUCUACUCCCCGCAAGUUCCCACCUCAGAUUGUCGCCACUUCUUUAGACGUAUGGGCAGGGUACGGUAGCGAAUA